AUGCAAAAGUUAUUACUAAUUACAUCAUUGGUUGUUUCAAUUUUUGCCGAGAACACUAACUACGCCUAUACUAAUUGGAAUACAAUCCAAGGAACUGUGAGUAUGAAUUCAACUCUUGAGAACUAUGAAUAAACCUUAUGGUUGGUUUAUAUUUCAAUUGGAGUUCCAGCUCAAAAUUUUACAGUCUAAAUUGACACAGGGUCUAAUAUUUUAUGGGUUCCUUACACAGAUUGCUCAAGGUGUGAUAUUUCAACUAGAUAUAAUCCUAAUGGAUAAGAAUAUUUUUCUCCAAAUGGUAGUACUUAUUAUUAAGCUUACGGAAGUGGAGAAUGCAGCGGAUAUGUAGCUACAGAUGUGGUAAGUAUAUAGGAUACAGUAAUAAACACAACAUUUGCUAUGAUGUUUGCAACCAUGGAGCAAGGUUUUGCAUUCCCUACAGUUAUGGAUGGUAUUAUGGGUAUUUCUAACAAUCAAACAUUCACAAAUAUCUUUUAAACUGCUUUCUAAGCAGGUUAGAUACCAACUGAAUAGUAUGGCUUAAUAUUGAAUUAAGCUCCUUUACCAUCCUACUUGAUUUUUGGAAGCAUAGAUCCAAUUUUACUUAAUUAGAUUUAAUGGGUUAUUCCUAAUGAUAUCUAUAGAUGGAAAUUGUUUAUAAAUGCCUUUACUAUCAAUGGAUAAGAUUAUUCAUCAUUGAUGGGGUCAGUUUAAUCUGCAAUUUUAGAUUCAGGAACUACAGAUUUACUAGUGACCGAAGGGCUUUAUGGAGUUAUCCUUAAAGAUUAUUUGGUACCUGGAGGUUGUUUCAUGAGCGGUGGUAUUUAUUGUCCUUGCCAACCAACUGCUGAUUAAUUGGCUUACCUACCAAAUAUCACAGUGUCAUUUAAUGUUGUCAAUGUGACAAUUCCCUUUUUCAAUAUAUUAUAAGGAUACUAUGUCGCAGCUACUGGAGAUGUUUGCCAAGUCAUGAUGUCCUACUUGAGUGGUCCUCCCUUUAUGGUCUUUGGUGAUCCUGCAUUAUUAUCCAUCAUUCCAAUAUUUGACAAGACUGCAAACUAAAUUGGUAUCAUUGGAGGUGUUCCAAAUGGAAUUCCAAAUGGAGAUUAUCCUGGAAAUGAUGAAAUAGAUGAAGCAGUAGGAUGAAACAAUAUAUUAUCAAUAUAUAUAAAAUAAUAACAA